CUAUCAAACUUAUCUUUCAUGCCAAAAUGCUAAAUCUCAACUAGGAAGUUGAGUGAGAGGGUGAGCAGUUCAAGAAUUGUAAUCCUGAAAAGCAGGUUUACAUGCCCCCGCAUAUAUAUAUAUAUAUAUAUAUAAACCGAGGCUCUCCCACUCCCUGCGCUCUGUUGAAAACAUUUUGACUGUCUGUCGCAUAAAGAAUCAACUCUGCUCUUUCAUUCUCCUGCAAUUUGUUGACUGCUGUUUCUUAAAAUUUGAAUCUGUCUGACCCUUUUACCGGGCCCCCAUGAGACCCUCCACGGAUCUGUAGAACCCAUUUGCGGAUCCAGUCGCGGAGUCAAUGUUGGCUGUAAUUCUGUGCGGAAGAGGCGAGCAGUUGUUUGUUUUUGUAGAAAAGAUCGUUUCUUGGUGGUGAAAUGGAGUUCACUGAAACGUAUAAGCAGACGGGUCCCUGUGCGUUUUCGCCUAAUGCGAGGUUUUUGGCAGUUGCUGUGGAUUAUCGCCUUGUCAUUCGCGAUGUUCUCACACUCAAGGUAGUACAAUUGUUCUCUUGCUUGGACAAAAUAACUUACAUUGAAUGGGCCCUUGAUUCUGAGUACAUACUUUGUGGCCUAUUUAAGAGGCCUAUGAUACAAGCAUGGUCGUUAGCACAGCCAGAAUGGACAUGCAAAAUAGAUGAGGGUCCUGCGGGUAUUUCCUAUGCGAGGUGGAGCCCUGAUAGUCGCCACAUACUAACCACUUCUGAGUUUCAACUGCGGUUAACAGUUUGGUCACUGUUGAACACCGCGUGCAUACAUGUGCAAUGGCCAAAACAUGGCUCUAAGGGAGUUUCAUUUACUAAGGAUGGCAAGUUUGCUGCAAUAUGCACAAGACGUGAUUGCAAAGACUAUGUUAAUCUGCUUUCUUGUUAUACCUGGGAGAUUAUGGGGGUUUUCGCUGUUGAUACAUUGGAUUUGUCUGAUAUUCAAUGGUCACCUGAUGACAGUGCCAUAGUUAUCUGGGAUUCUCCUUUGGAAUAUAAGGUUCUGAUAUAUUCUCCGGAUGGCCGGUGUUUAUCUAAGUAUCAAGCAUACGAGAGCGGAUUAGGAGUAAAAAGUGUUUCUUGGUCACCCUGUAGCCAGUUCUUAGCUGUGGGAAGCUAUGACCAAAUGAUACGUGUUUUGAAUCACUUGACGUGGAAAGUAUUUGCAGAAUUUACUCAUCUAUCUACUGUUCGUGGUCCUUGUGCAGCUGCUGUUUUCAAGGAAGUAGACGAGCCAUUGCAGCUUGAUGUGUCGGAAUUGUCACUGAGUGAUGAAUUUGCUAAAAGGAAUGCUGGAGACAUACAUUCAAGUCAGAUACGAUCUCAUGGAAGUGCCAAUCACUCUUCCUUCUCAGAAGCCUCAGGCAGAUAAACCAAACCCCAAACAAGGAAUUGGCCUCAUGUCAUGGAGCAAUGACAGCCAAUAUAUAUGCACACGCAAUGACAGCAUGCCAGCGGUCCUUUGGAUAUGGGACGUGCAACAUCUCGAGCUUGCAGCCAUCUUGAUACAAAAGGAUCCCGUUCGAGCUGCAGCUUGGGAUCCAACAUGCCCCCGACUAGUCCUAUGCACCGGAAGCACAAAUCUAUACAUGUGGACACCAUCCGGUGCUUACUGCAUUAACGCCCCGUUUCCUAACUUCUCCAUCUUCGAUCUGAAGUGGAACUCAGAUGGGAGCUGUCUUCUUCUCAAAGACAAGGAGUCAUUCUGUUGCGCAGCUGUGCCUCUAUUGCAAGAAUCAAGCGAUUACAGCUCCGAGGAUUAACGACGUUCGAACUCCAGCUGGAACACGUCUGCAAUCAAAAUGUUGAAGGGUCCUAACAUUUCUCAUCAAACUGGAUUCUUGUACUCCAACUGAUUUGACACUGAGAAACAGCCUAACCCCGUCUGUAAAUUGCGUAUUAAUUUACACUUGGACUCUUCUCCUUUCUUGGAAAAUGGCAGUGUAUGAUACAAUCCUGUCCAAAUUAUUAACCACCCUAAAGAGACAUAUAUAUACCUCAUAAAUUGAAUUUUAA